UCGUCUGUGCAUACUGUGCAACUCUAAUAAAUAUUAUAGAACAGUUCAAGAAGUGGUUGCCUCUUCAUAUAAUGUCAUCCCACGGGCUUUUCGGAAUUUCUGGAGAAGAUGUCCCAUCUUCAGAGCAGGAGCAGCUGUUUAUUCGCAAACUGCGACAGUGCUGUGUGGCAUUUGACUUCAUGGACCCAGUGGCUGACCUGAAGGGAAAGGAAAUUAAACGAGCUACUCUGAAUGAGCUGGUGGACUUCAUUACAGCAGGCCGGGGUGUACUUACUGAGCCUGUUUACCCUGAGAUCAUCAGAAUGAUCUCAGCAAAUCUGUUCCGGACCUUGCCGCCCAGUGAUUUUGAUCCAGAAGAAGAUGACCCAACAUUAGAAGCGUCAUGGCCACACUUGCAGUUAGUGUAUGAGUUUUUCCUACGGUUCUUGGAAUCCUCCGACUUUCAGACCACCAUUGCCAAACAAGUAAUAGACCAAAAAUUUGUGCUACAGUUAUUAGACUUAUUUGACAGUGAAGACCCUCGGGAGCGUCAUUUCCUUAAGACUGUUCUGCAUCGCAUCUAUGGAAAAUUCCCGGGGCUACGUGCAUUCAUACGCAAACAAAUAAAUAACAUCUUCCUUAGGUUUGUAUAUGAGACAGAGCAUUUUAAUGGUGUUGCAGAGUUACUGGAAAUAUUAGCAAGCAUUAUCAGCGGCUUUUCUCUACCGCUGAAGUCAGAACACAAGCAAUUCCUCCUAAAGGUUCUGCUGCCACUGCACAAAGUUAAAUGUCUCUCAUUGUACCAUGCACAGCUGACAUACUGUGUGCUUCAGUUCCUUGAAAAGGAUGCCACGCUAACUGAAACUGUUGUUAAAGGGCUACUCAAGUUCUGGCCUAAAACGUGCAGUCAGAAAGAGGUCAUGUUCCUUCGUGAGAUUGGAGAACUUUUAGAUGUAAUUGAACCAUCACAGUUUGCCAAAAUUCAGGAACCGUUGUUCAAACAAAUUUCAAGAUGUGUCUCUAGUCCUCACUUUCAGGUGGCCUGUUGUGCACUGUACUUAUGGAGUAAUGAGUACAUAAUGAGCCUGACUGAGGAAAACAGCCAUGUGAUCAUGCCAAUAAUGUUCCCAGCUCUGUACCGCAUCAGCAGAGGGCACUGGAACCAAACAAUUGUGGCUCUUGUAUACAACGUGCUCGAAACCUUCAUGGAGAUGAACGGUAAGCUUUUUGAUGAGCUCACAGCUAAGGCUGAGAGACAAAAUGUGUGACUAGCAGUGUACUGUGAGGCCAGAGAGAAGAAAGUUCUUGUGUGCAGAGUGGGCAGUGUGCGCCGACAGAAGACAGUGGUUGAACUGGACAGAGAGACGGACACUUCUACAUUCAGAUAGUGAUAAGGUGACGUCGGACGGACAUCCCCUCGAGGUCUUAUUCAUGACAUUUUUGGUGCCGAAACCCAGGAAGUGGGAUGCAUAUGAUACAACUCGACAUGGCGGACGCCGAACUCGGAAGACUAACGAAGAAGCGCCCCACAGUAAGGGCAAAAGUGACAAGGUUCAGUACCUCUAUAAGAAAAUCCACUGCCAGCACCCCACUUGAGGAUUAUGAGUACUACCGAGACCGUUUACAGGAGACCCUGGAUCAACUACUUUCAUUGGACAGUGAUAUCCGGGAUCUUCUAGAGGACAAGGAGUACACAACUGAUGUGGAGGUGGCUGAAGAGUACAUCGACUUAGCCAAGUGAGCACUGCUGAAGGCCAAGCGGGAGGUAGAGAACCGACUCGUCUCCACAGGAGAGAAGCCUAACUUUGAUCAUUCUGUUGUAUUUACAAUUCCCCAGCUUUUAUCAUAUUUUACAUAGCGGUUUUUCACUUAGCAUUCUAUGCUAUUUAUGUUUCCACUACAGACCAUUUUUGCUUGCAUUAAUGUAUGCCUUUCACAUGAUGACCACGAGAUGGUUGAAACAUGUAGUGAAUAAGAAAUAAUUAAAUGUUCUCUUUGUAAUUACGAA